AUGUCCCCUGCCUCAGUCAAAAAUGAGCAAGACAGCGACUCCGACUCCGACGUCGAGUUCGAGGAUGUCCCAAUCUCCCUCCCAAACAGACCCAGAAACAGAGAAGACAGAGGAAUCCCGAUAACCAUCCCCGCAACCCCGCAACCACAAUGGACUCCAACCCUAUCACUCCCGCCACAGCGAAGCCAACCCAUCCCCUCGGGCUCCGAGGAAGAAGUCCAGCUCCGAGGCCACAUCAGCACCGGCAUAGAGAGAGUCACGUACCGCAAAAUGAAAUCCGACAUGGGUAUGGACGCACCGGGUACGCCCGCCUCAGAACGCAGGUAUAAUGGCUUCAAAGAGCUCGCUGCAGAUGUGGAGGGUCUUAUUGAUGCGCUUUGGGCGUCGGCAACACCGGCAAUCCAAACCGAAGCCCUCAUAACCCUAGCAGGCCUAACCCAAACCUCCCUCCCAGCCUUCCCCUUCGAUGCCCCACCGACUCUAAACAUCCUAUACAAGCUCGAUUCCGUCUUCGCAGCACUAUGUACAGGCACACACCCACUCACCGGCGCCGUUCUACCAGGUGCACAGCUGGGCCACUCUCUCGUGACCGAGACGCAGAAGGUUCGGAUCCGGAGUUUGGCGGAGAGGACUAGAUAUGAAGUGUUCUCUUGUUUGGAGAAGUCGAAAGAUGGAGUUAAUGCUGGUACUGUUAAUACUGGCGGGUAUGGAUAUGGGGAUGACGAGGACGAGGCUAGUGGCGACGAGGUCGAGCCGUGGAUGUUAGAGGCCACGCGGGUUUAUGAGAAGAGUCUUAUGUUGCUUGCGGAGCAGGAUCCCGAGGUGGACGCGGGGAUGGAUGAGUUCAACUGUUUGUAA